AUGAAUACAUCUCUGGGAUUGGUGUCAUUUGAGGAUGUGGCAGUGGUCUUCACCUGGGAAGAGUGGCAAGAUCUGAAUGAUGCUCAAAAGACCCUAUACAGGGAUGUGAUGCUGGAAACCUACAGCAUCCUGGUGUCCUUGUAUGUCCAGAAAGUAGAUGAACUGAUUGAAAGAAGCCAACAAAAUCAAGGCAGAUGUUUGCAUCAAGUUGUAAUCACCAACAUUAACAUGUCAACAAACAAGACAACUGAAUUAAGAAAUACAGUUAAUUUGAAAUCUGACCAUAUUUCAAAACUAAUUAUUCCUGAAGAGUUUAAUAUAUGUGAAAAAACUCUUCUCUGUAGUGAUUCUGAUGAGAUGUAUGCUGAAAUAUUUUCAGCAUACGCACAAAAAGACAUGUAUGAAAAUUUUCAUGGCAGCGCUGUGAAUAGGAAAAAGAGUGUUUCAACAGUGCUCUCCGAAUCAUCCAUGAUGGAAUAUUUGUCUCAUCCGAGUGCACUCAGCCUGGCUGCUGGGGUUGCUUGUGGCAUGUGCCUGGGUUGGGGCCUUCGGGUAAGCUUUGGGAUGUUCCCCAAAAGCUCAGCAAGUGGCACAAAUGCAGAGACUGGGACUGAAGCAAGCAUCUUGGGAGAGAGUGGGGAAUAUAAAAUGAUUCUUGUUGUUCGAAAUGACUUAAAAAUGGGAAAAGGAAAAGUGGCUGCCCAAUGCUCCCAUGCUGCUGUUUCUGCCUACAAGCAAAUUCAAAGGAGAAAUCCUGCAAUGCUCAAAGAGUGAGAAUACUGUGGCCAGCCCAAAGUGGUGGUCAAAGCUCCUGAUGAAGAAAUCUUGAUUCAGUUACUGACCCAUGCGAAAACGCUUGGACUGACUGUGAGCUUAAUUCAAGAUGCUGGACGUACUCAGAUUGAACCAGGCUCUCGAACUGUCCUAGGAAUUGGGCCAGGACCAGCGGAUCUCAUUGAUAAAGUUACUGGUCAUCUAAAACUUCACUAGGUGGGUUUUUGUAUGAUGUUGAUCCCUCCAUCAUAACUGUUUGAAGCCUGUCAGUAACAUUUGAAACAAUUUCUUCCCCCAAUUUAAAUAUUCUUGCCAUAAAA